AUGAACAUAAUUGAUGAAGCCAAUAUACAUUCUACUAUAAAUAUAAAGGAAUCGAGAGUCCUAAAAACGGCAUUGUUCAAAAGUGUUGAUUGGUUAUAUGAAAACAAAACAUAUUCUUUAUCUUUUAAAGUGGUAAAGAAAAUAUCAUCAAGUAUACCUAAGUUCGAUGAUGGUGAUUGGAGUUAUGAAAUAAAAUACAAACAAGGUUGUAAGAUUGGAAUCAAACGAAUAGCUCAGUGUACAGACGAGUAUGAAAAUGAAGAAAUAUUGGCAGUAACUGCAGAAGAAUUACUAAAUACUCCAUAUGAAGGAACAUUGUUUACCUUCAAUGUUUAUCCAUUUGAUGGUAAGGAAUGA